AAUAUAUCACACACUUUUGCGGAAUAUUGUUACUAGUACGGUCUAUAUCUCUAUAUUUUAAUAAUAGGUAUGUCAGCAAAAUAAAUUUUCUAAGCUUUGACCUCUCGGUGGCACAUAAUUAAAUUAAAAUGGAGAAAAUAAUAAUCUGGUUAGCUGUUAUAAGCAUGACGACAGCUUCAAUAAAUGGGCAUGGUAAUGAUAAUGAUGUGAAAACUAUUGAAGCUACAUUCGAUCGCUAUUCACCCUCAUGGAAGGAUUUGGAUAGACGACCUUUGCCAGAAUGGUAUGAUAAAGCGAAAAUUGGAAUAUUUCUCCAUUGGGGUGUGUACUCCGUACCGAGUUUUGGAUCAGAAUGGUUUUGGACCAAUUGGGUUGGUGGCAAUAAGAAAUACAUUGACUUUAUGAACAAGAAUUACCCACCUGGAUUUACCUAUCAAGAGUUUGCUCCCAUGUUCAAAGCUGAAUUUUUUGAACCAAAUGACUGGGCAACUCUAUUUAAAAAAGCUGGCGCUAAAUAUAUUGUUCUCACAAGUAAACAUCAUGAAGGAUUUACUCUCUUCCCCUCAAGAAGAUCAUUCAGUUGGAAUUCAGUAGAUGUCGGGCCGAAAAGGGACCUUGUAGGUGAUUUAGCACAAGCUGUAAGAAAACAAGGAAUGAAGUUUGGUGUUUAUCAUUCUUUAUAUGAGUGGUAUAAUCCAAUUUAUUUAGAAGACAAGCGAUCUCUCUUCUUGAAGAAGAACUAUCCAACUACUAAGCUCUGGCCAGAUAUUAAGCAGUUGAUAAAUGAUUACCAGCCCUCGGUUCUAUGGUCAGAUGGUGAUUGGGAAGCUUUAGAUGCCUACUGGAAUUCAACAGACUUGAUAGCAUGGCUGUAUAAUGAUAGUCCAGUGAAGGAUGAGAUUGUUGUGAAUGAUAGAUGGGGUAUUGGUAUACCGUGCCAUCAUGGCGACUUUUACAAUUGUGCUGAUAGAUAUAAUCCAGGAAAACUUCAAUCACACAAAUGGGAAAAUGCUUUUACGGUGGAUUCAAAGUCGUGGGGCUACAGGCGUGACAUGAAACUGUCCGAAAUACUCACUUUUAAAGAACUGCUCAAAGAAGUGGUAUCAACUGUUAGCUGUGGAGGAAAUGUGCUAAUAAACGUAGGACCAACCAAAGAAGGUACAAUCGUGCCAAUAUUCCAAGAGCGGCUAUUAGCACUUGGCGAUUGGCUGCAAAUAAAUGGUGAAGCGAUCUAUGAAACAUCACCAUGGGUGCACCAAAACGAUAGCUUGAACAGUGAAGUUUGGUACACUUGUACUAAAAAUGAGUACAAUGGUGCUAAUCCCACGGCUAUUCCAAGCCAAUCUGAUACAGUAAUAUCUAUAUAUGCGACGUUUUUCUCUUGGCCAAAGGAUAAUGUCCUUAAAGUCAAGGAUUUAGCGACUUAUCUGCGGAGAGGCACUUAUAGAGUCACUCUGCUGGGCAACGAUGAAGUAUUGCAUUGGAAACUCUCAUCUGGUGUUGGACUCAUAGAGCUGCCAGACAAAGCCACAGUGAAGUCAAACGACGCAUGGUCACUCAAGUUGUCCUUUAAAUAAAUUGCUAGUUGGUACAAGAAAGUUUUAGUUUAUGGUGUAGUGAUGUAAUUGUAACUUUAUCUGAAUAAAAUUAUUAAAAUAUUA